CUUCCCUCUCUCCUUGUCAGUUCAUCAAAUCUCCUUCUCCAAACAAGGUCACUCUCUCUGGGGUAUAUGGUGUCUUGUUGUCACAGGGUGUUGUACUUUAGCUUCAAGGCUUUAAAUUGUUGUUCCUGAGACUGGUUUGCUAGUUUUUUUGGGUGUAGGGCCUACUCUUCUCUCUCUAUCUCUUUCUCUCGUCGGUCAGUUGGAGGAGCAGCAGAGGAAAUGACACCGAUUGGUCUGCCUCCUGGAUUCCGGUUUCAUCCCACUGAUGAGGAACUUGUUGCUUACUAUCUCAAGAGGAAGAUCAAUGGGCUCAAAAUUGAAUUGGAGAUUAUUCCUGAAGUCGAUCUCUACAAAUGCGAACCAUGGGAUUUACCAGAUAAAUCCUUGUUACCGAGCAAAGACUUGGAGUGGUAUUUCUUCAGCCCCCGAGAUCGCAAGUACCCAAAUGGUUCAAGGACCAACCGUGCAACUAAGGCUGGCUAUUGGAAGGCCACUGGAAAAGACCGCAAGGUGACCUCGCAGAAGCGAACAAUGGGCAUGAAGAAGACCCUAGUUUUCUACAAAGGACGAGCACCCCAUGGCUCCCGAACCAAUUGGGUCAUGCAUGAAUACCGCCUUGAUGAGAAAGAAUGCGAAACCAACUCUGGUCUGCAGGAUGCAUAUUCACUAUGCCGUGUAUUUAAGAAGACCAUGCCUGCUCCUAAGAUCAUAGAUCAGUAUGAUGUUUCCAAUGAGGAGCACUCUCGAAGGAUGUCAAGUGGCAACACGUCGACACUUGAUGCUUUAACCAGUGGAAGGGAAGACAAGGAGAGCUGUGGAUACCUUUAUCCACCAGAGACAUGUUCAUCAGACCUCAUUCAAGGAGUCCCAUGUGAUGCAAAUGCUCCAAUAACGGAGAAGUGGGUGCAGCUUCUGGCAGACGAGUCAUUUAGAUCCGCUCCUAUGUUGUUUGAUAACCCACUGAACAGUUGCUAUGUUCAAUCCGAGGUUGAUGUAGCACUGGAAUGUGCUAAGCUGCAACACAGGCUCUCUUUGCCACCAUUAGAGCUGGAGGACUUUCCUCAAAUAGAUUUUCUGAAUUCAAAGACCCUCGAAUAUGGAUUUAUUGAAGAAAAUACUAGUGAAGUUGAUGCUUUGCAAGAAAUCCUUUCAGUUGCUUCAGCUUCUCAGGAACUAAUCAAUAACCCUAACUAUCCAUAUGCAUGGACUAAAGUUAGUCCCUACUUUACGAAUCCUAUCGAAGAGCAAAAAAUUGAUGGAAGCACACGGCUUUGCCAAAUGGAGAGUGUGGAAGAGCAGGCAAGCUUGAGGGAUAUCAGUGCACUGGAAGAGGAGUUGAUGGAAGAGAAAAAGACUGUGGAGAGCUUAAGAACGAUAACAAUGCCGAUGAAUGACACAGUGAAGGUGACUUUUGAAGAAAGCCAGAACACACAGAUUGAGAGCAUUCCUAACUAGAGGAUGCAAAUACUAAAGUUGAUUGCAGGAGAGAACAAUAUUCAAAAUAGCUCUGACUUACAUGACAUCGAGAAAAAGCCCACUCAUAUUCCAUCUCAAUCAAUCGACCUCCCCACUGGAUUUACCGGCAUUCACCAAAGUGCAGCCUAUGAAGAGGAUCGUCAACUUGAUUUUUACUUCAGCACACCAACUUUUGAUGUCAUUGCGAAGGGCGAUACCAACCAUGGAUAUUUUGUGUCAAGUGGUAGCAUGGCUGAAGCACUUUUCAUCAUGUUGAGUCCUUAGAGAAGGUUAGCAUCCCUUGGAAUCCAAUAAUACAACCAGACAGUAUAGUUAGGGAAUUUGGGUUUUUGAUGAAAGAUAGAGGUAGAGUUUGAUCAGUUUUUGUAAAGUUCGAGGCAAUAUACAGGGACAAGCUCCAGGGACUUAAGAUCACUAUGAAGAUAUGCAGAAGAUCUUGCUUAGGUGAUGAAGCAGUGAAUGCCAUUAUAAGCAUGAGCCAUUUUAAGGGAAGGUCUCUUCAAGUUAGCAAUGCAUGAAGAAGGAAAGAAAUGGAUGAUGUCCCAUUGGAUAUGUAAUAAUUUGCGAAUAUCUAGAUGCCGGUUUCAUCAUUUGGCUUCCUAAUGGAAAGAGGGACAGACAUUUCCGACAUAUUUUUGAAUGGAAUUGUCUACCCUCACUAUUUUUCUGGUCCUAUGAAUCAGGGAUUAGUUAAUUGUCUUGCCCUUGACAUCAAGGAACCAUCUCUUUCUUCUAUUCGUUUCUAUGUAAUGUAAGAUACUGAAGAAUACUGGUUAAAUUUGCACAUUUACAUAGGUUAUAUGGACUUUUCUCAAAAAUAAAAUGUUGGCUUGCAAAUUCCAGCAAGACCUCA